GAAACGUCGAUUAUACCUUUGGCCCAACCCACAAUUCCAUCUCUCCACUUCUCGGAAAUUUCCGAAUUUCUCUUUCUAUUAGUCGUUUUUGACUUGGGAUCGAUCAUUUCGGUCCAUUUCCUUUUCCUAAGGCUGGAUUGUGAAUUUUUUGGGUGAAGGAGGGAGGGAUGGCAAGUGGAUUUGGUGGAUCAACAAGCAGGCCAUCCCAAGGGCCUUCUUGCUCAACCAAUAGCAAUAACAAUAACAACAACGGUGAUGCUGGUAGUUUUGAGUGCAACAUUUGCUUUGACUUAGCUCAAGACCCCAUUGUGACUUUAUGUGGCCAUCUUUUUUGUUGGCCUUGCCUUUACAAAUGGCUCCACAUUCACUCACGUUCCAAGGAUUGCCCGGUUUGCAAGGCCUUGAUCGAGGAGGACAAGUUGGUUCCUUUGUACGGCAGGGGAAAGUCAUCGACUGACCCGAGAUCAAAAUCGAUUCCUGAUGACAAUAUCCCCCACCGCCCAGCGGGGCAGAGACCGGAAACUGCUCCUCCCCCAGAGCCGAAUCACUUUCCCCAUCAUGGUUUCGGGUUCAUGGGAGGUUUGGGAGGGUUGGGAGGUUUUGCUCCGAUGGCAACCGCGAGGUUCGGGAAUUUCACUUUGUCCGCGGCUUUCGGCGGUCUAAUCCCGUCUUUGUUGAACCUUCAGUUGCAUGGUUUUCCCGACCCUGUGUAUGGUGGUGCUGCUGGCUUUCCUCAUGGAUUCUCAAAUUCAUUUCACGGUGGCAAUGUGCAUAGAUUUCAUCGCCACACGAGUCAAGGACAGCAAGAUUAUUUCCUCAAGAGGGUCCUUCUGUUUGUUUUAAUAUGCGUCCUUAUUGCUCUUUUGUGGCAGUAGAUUAAGAAUGCCACUACCACAGCUGGAACUGCUGACGGUUUCCUAGGCUUGUUGAAUGCGGCUUUCAUGUGUUCGUUAUUGUAUUGGGACAUGACAUCUCAUUCUCUUGACCAACACACACGGGGAUGGAAGAAAUGUACAUAUACAGCGUGUUGAUGAGUGAAAAAUUGUAUUUCUUACACUCAGGAGGCUAGAAGGAAUGCAAUAAUAUAGACGAGUGAUGUAGCAGCAAUACUGUGAGUCCUUUGCCAUUUUGAUUUUAUUUAUAUGGAUUGUCAUGAUUCUUACGGAACAGCUUGACGUGAAAUUCUUUCCCUUUUUUUUU